AUGGAUCGACUGCUUGCGCGCGCCGCGAUCGCCGGCGCGGCCUUCCUGUCCGGAUGGGCUCUCGGGGUCAGGCGAGGACAAAGAGAUCGGAAAAUAGCCAAACCUGGGUUUCCCGGGGAAAAAAAGGAGCGUAAAAAGCUGGAGGGGGCCGCCCGGGAGGAUCUGGAGAGGGUAGAAGGGUCGGUGGGGGUGGCGAUCGGGUUGCCGCCCGCGCAUGCCGGGUCCAGAGGGGGCCUGGGGAGGAGCAGGGAGUCCAGCCCGAGCGUGAGCGACGGGGAGGGCGAGAUGGGCGAGGGGCGCGUGGGCGGGGGCCACCGGAUGGUGCUCGUCGUGAGGAUGGAUCUGCGGCUGGCUAAAGGCAAGGUUGGAUCUCUGCUUUGCCAUGCAGCACUGGGGCAGUUCAAGAAGAUGCACAGGGCCAAAAAUCCCCAUCUGUGGGACUGGGAGCGGGAUGGCCGGUCUACUGUCGUGCUGCGGGUGCCCAACGAGGGUGGGCUCGCUGCCCUCAAGGAUGCCGCAAGGGCGUCAGGCAUCCCCACCCACACAGUCGUUGACCGGUCAGCGGACCACAGUGGACCAGUCAAAGCAGUGAUGGCCUUGGGGCCCUACGGGGCCGAUGCCAUUAGUCAGGUCACCGGACACCUCAAUCUGUAUUGA